UGUUGUCAGAGCAAAGCCUCUGACUUCAGCCUGUCAUGCUGAAGACCGGAAAACCCAGGUUGCACUUGAACAUCACUGCUUAGCUACUGAAGAACUCAUUAAAAAUGGGGAACACACCAUCAGAAAGUAACAUGGGCGACCAGCUCAGAUGCUACAAGUGUGAUAAAGUCCUGCCCCCAUGCAUCUCCUUCUCAGAUUUAUACCAAACUACUAUUUACGGGAAGCGUGUACAUGUUUUCAAUGGAGGACAAUACUUCAGACCAGUAGGCAACAACAUUUUAUACAAGUGUAACGAUUGUUUUUAUAAGCCAAGCAGAGAUGAAGAAGAGAGAAGGAGAGAGGCGGAGAGGAGAAGAGAGGAGGAGAGGAGAUGUGAAGAACUGAAUCAAAGACUCGAAGAAUCACACCAGCAAGCUCAAGAGCAGCACGAGAAUCAACUGAGCACAGACAUUACGGAAGAACACAAGUCCAAGCAACAUGUUCUGAUAAGCCAUCUGGAUGAGUUUGAUGCAAACUAUGAAUCAGACAGUGAUGAGCUUCUAGAAACCCUCUCAUUAAAAUGCAGCAUCCCUAUUCCAAGCCUCAGUCUCGCUGAGCUGACUGCUGAUCAGCUGGAGAGCAUCCUUUCAGCUCUGGACGAACUCCUGUUUGAUGAAUGGAUCAGUGCUCCUCCAUCGCUCAGCACUCUGCAGCACACACAAGUGUUCAUCAUAGAGCUGUGUGUCCUGUCUCUGGAUAUGUCUGAGGGACUUUCCCUGCACAGCAUCUCCAAUCAUGUGCAGUCCCUGGUGGGGUCCGUCAGCCAAUCAGCAUGCAAUGUUUCUGAGAGUUUCCUGCUGACUCAAGCCCUGCACCUGAAUCUGAUGCACUUCUUUACUGACUGUGGCAGCUGUGAGCCAGAUGCAGCUCUCAUAGCCAAACGAUGGGCCGAGGGGAACCUUUCCACUGAGAAUCUCUUUCUUAUAGGAUUCCUCGGCACACUCGUGUCAUCGCUACAGAGUGUGGUUGGAAGAGCCUCCAUGUCCAUUUUAAAUAUGGAAAUCCAGAGCUUGAAGCUUCUCCUUUUCAUACUCAAAGAUCUAAAUGGCAAAGAAAGCCACUCAGAAUCCACUGAAAUGCUCCUCAGACUUGUGCAAAUAAACCAAUGGACACCAACAGAGGCAGUGACUCUGCUCAAAAUGCUGUCAGAGAAAUAUACAAAGGAUGCUCCAAUAACUGAAGUGCUCACGUUGAUACAAGUGUAUGACGUAUCACCAGACUGGACAGAUGACUCCGGACACUCUCUCAUUCAGGUUCUGGACUUCAUUGGACCUGAGAGAAUCCAACUUGAUUUUCAAAAGACUCUCAGAAAGCAAGAUGAGCGUGGUCUAGAUUCAGCUCUAGCAGAAUUAAAAGGGUUCAGGAAUUUGGAGGAUUCUGUCAUCAAUAUGAUAAAAAUCAUCACGAGUGGCGUCCUGCAAUAUUCAGAAAAUGCCCCAAAAGAUAAACCAUUCAUGAAAGACUCCUUUAAAUGUGCAAACCUGAAUGCAGAUGACAUCCAAAACUCUUUGUUUCAGCUCUGUAAAGCAGUUUCUGACACAAAAGGCUGGUGGCCAACAGUGCAGCAGAUGCUGCGGUGGUGUGUGUUGGUGCUGACUGAGAAGAGUGUGCCAAUAGAAUUGGUCAGUGUGGAAGAAGACCCGUGUGUCACAGCCAUGUUGGCAGCCACACAAGUCUGCAUGGGAAACAAAGUGGACAUUGUGCUGAGGUCUGACGAGCAAGCUAAGGAGUGGUCUGACUUCUACAAGCAUCUCGGGAUUUCUCUCAACACAAACAUGAAAAAAACCAAUGCAUCACACAGAGAUGUCUAUGAAGCAGACAUUGUGUACGGUACCAUGGAUGACUUUGUCUCUGAUUACUUCCAAUAUGGCUUAGAGGUGAUGGAAACAGGGAAUCCACACCUUAGCCGAGGGUUUAUCAUUGAAGAAGAUAGUCUCAGUGCUUCUCAUAAUCUGGAUCUCUCAAGGCUCAAGCAAAACGACACUUUGGUAUUUGCUGCUAAGAUCCUGCAAACCCUCUUGGGUAAUUUUCACAGUGAGGAUAUGGAACUGAGACACAGGUUCAUUAAGGCUCUUUUUCAGGUGCUCCACAAUAACCUAAACAAACACACAGACGCGGACAGUAAACUCAUAACCAUCUUACAAAAAUGUACUGGUAAAGAACUGCCUUCCAACGAGGUCUACAUUCUGACCAUUCUUGAGAAUCUCCUUCAAGAGUUUACUGGAGAAACAGACAGUGAGAUAAACAAGGCAUCUCUGGGAGGCCAGUUGUUGUGGGAGAGUUUAUUUGCCUGUGUAGAGCAAUGCCAAUCCUCAAAAGAACAAACCAAAGAACUCUUCCAGAUGAUGUCAAACACUGUAGCACAACAACUUUGGCCACCGAGAGAAGCUUUAAACCUCCUUGAAGCAUUAACUGACCACCAUCAUGAUGAAGACUGUGUUUCAAUCAUGAAGAUUUUACACCUGAUAGGAACAUAUCAGGUUUCUUCUAAGUGGACAGAUGAGAAGAAUCGGUCUCUUCUUGAGCUCUUGAACUCAUCUGAAACCGAGAAUCUGAUCCAACUUUUAGAAAAAAGCUUCAGAGAUGAGACAGAAAAAAGCACUGACUGUCUUUUUGAUGAAAUACGGCACAUGAAAAAUAUUGAUGAGCAAACACUGGAGAAAUCAUACUGUAUAGUAAAGACUGUUAAGAACCUGAUUGAAUCUGGUGAAAUUAAAAACCACACGGAUGUGCAGCAAGCAAGGAAUCUAAGUCAUAGUACAGACAUAGUAGACCUUCAGGAGAUCCUGGCAGUCUUAUGCAAUGCUGUACACUUGCACAAGGCUGAAGGAAAGUGGUGGCCCAGAGCCACUCAGAUGAUAAGCUGGUGUCUCUUGGCCAUGUCUGAGACUGGAAAGCUCCUGGAGAUGGGAACUGGAGAGGGGAAGUCUUGUGUCAUAGCAAUGUUUGCAGCACUGCGUGCGCUCCAGGGAGAAAAGGUAGAUGUGGUGUCCAGCUCCUCUGUGUUAUGUCAAAGAGAUGCAGAAGAGUGGACCAACUUCUACAAAUACUUUCACCUCACAGUCGACUCAAACACAAAUAAAAACGAAGAUAAAGGUAGAAAAGAGUGCUACCAGAAGGACGUGGUCUAUGGGACAAUUGAAGCCUUUGCUGCAGAUCACCUUCGCCAGAUAUUUGAGAUGAAAGAUGUGAGGACCGAUCGCAGCUACCAGUGCAUCAUAAUUGAUGAGGUGGACUCACUGCUGCUGGAUCAUGGAGUGCAGCUGACCUACCUCUCCAGCCCCAUGGUUUCCAUGCAGCACCUGAACAUUAUUCUGGCCAUGAUCUGGGGCCAUGUCAGCCAGUACGGCUUCCUGUCAACAGGACACCAGACAUUCGUACAAGGUCCCCCUGCUUCAUUCUUCAAGGCCAUAUUUGACUCAAUUGACACAGAAGGAAUUGAUGACCCCAUGGAUGUUUUAUGUAUUGCUGAGGAAUUAAAGAUUGUGCCAGAAGGAUUUGCAGAGGAUUUAUACAAAAGUGAAAAAGAUGAAGUACUCAGGAAACUGAAAACUGUGAGUCAAGAUGCAGUGGUAGAUUUUUUCCACAAAACUGAGCACUAUGUCCCCUAUGGUUUCACUCUAUACACUCUAGAUGACAAUGGAUUGCUCUGUCUGAGAAAGGCCAGUCCAUCCAACAACCAGGACAUUCCAGACCUCAAGUUUCUUGUUUUGGAUGAAGGCUUGUGUUGUCCUCUCUCUGACUCUGAGGACAUUCUUAUCAAACCCAUUGCAGGAUUCAUCUCAGAGAGGAUUCAGUACACACCUUGCACAAACAAUAAAGACAAAAUCAGCAUCCCUGGGUUCCUGAGAAAUCUGAUAGAGAAGAAAUUGUCAGUGUGGGUUCAGAACGCCUUUCUGGCAAUUAAGCUGAGGCAAGGACAGGAGUACGUUGUAGAAAACGAGAGAGUGUGUCCAGUGGACUUCAGAUCCACUGGUAUUGUAGAACUGAGUAAGACGUGGGGUGAUGGUCUGCAGCAGUUUCUUGAGAUUAAACACCAAAUCAAACUGAGCACCAUUUCAACAGUGACAAACUACAUUUCUAACAUUUCCUUUUUUGAAAAAUACCAUUGGAAAAUAUAUGGAACCACAGGGACACUUGGGAGCGAAAAAGACAUGCUGUUCUUGCAGGACCUAUAUCCAUAUCUCUCGGCCUGCAAAAUGCCGACUUUCAACCGGAGGAAAUUAUUUGAGGUCAAAGGUAUUCUUAAGACUUCAACUGCAGAGUGGAAAUCUGAAAUAAAAGAUGUGGUUAUGGCUCAAAUUUCCCCAAGUCCAUACAGAGAGGGAAGAGCAGCCUUGGUGAUCUGUGAAACCAUCAACAAAGCCAGAGAGAUCUAUGAAGAGCUGAAAAGCAUCAUCCCAGGUGAAAUCAUUCUCUAUAGCCGCAGUGACAGAGAUAGUUUGAGCAAAAUAGAUAAGACAUUGGAUCCUGGUGAUGUCAUUGUUGCCACAAACCUUGCUGGGCGUGGCACAGACAUAAAAGUCUCAGAAAAGGUGAACAACAAUGGGGGAUUAUUUGUGAUCCUCUCCUUCCUUUCCGAGAACACGAGAGUGGAGCUCCAGGCAUUUGGCCGAACUGCACGCAAAGGUAAACCUGGAUCUGCGCAGGUGAUCAUGACCACUGAUUGUCUGCAGGAGUGCUUCAGAACAGUGUCUUCUCUGGAGGAGGCAAAGGAAACUAGGGAUAGACUCUCAGCAGAGACUAUGAAUGACAUGAUGAACGAUGUCACUGAGAUGAAACUGCGGGAGGACCUGUUUUCAGAGUACUGCAGGACCCUGCAGUAUAUUUACAGGAACACAGAUGGAGAUGAACGAGGCGCUGUUGUUGGCAUCAUGAAUGAGUUCUGGGGGAUGUGGUUGCAAACUAAAUCAGAAGAAAUUGACCAGUUGGAAAGAUAUGACUUGCAAAAAUGCUUAAAAGCUGAUUUGUCACUGGCAAAAAGACAAUCUUACCGUCAGACUUCACCAUGUUCCAGCAUUUACCACUACAUCAAGUUUGGGAAUAUCACACUGGAUCAAAACCAAUGGGGUCGCAGCAUGAUUCUAUUUGAAAAAGCUAUGGAACAAGAUGAAAGCUGGGCAGCCAUAGCUUUUUACAGUCAUGCAUACUGCACUAUAAAGCAGCAGAGGAGAGAUUACCUCACUAGGGCUAGAGAUGACCUCAGGAAAGCACAGGAGUCUCUGAAGUACCUGAGUGAGGAGUGCGUUCUCUGCCUGCAGUUUGUAAAAAUGUCCUCUGCGACCAACCGUCAACUCAACCCAACCAGCCUCGAAAAACAGUUAACAGCCAAGUGCAACAUGUUCAGUUACUUUGACGAAAACAUUAGUGAGGCUAUCAAAAAGCUGGAGGAGAUAAAAGACAAAGAGAGGGAUGCAAAAGCCAAUAAAUCACCAAUGUUCUCCCUGGUGUCAGGCGCCAAUGAAGAUCUCCAAGUGGAGGCCUACAAUCUGUACAGUCGAGGCCUGAAAUACAUCUUUUCUGUCGAAGAAGAGCCUCGUUUCCCAUGGGAAAGUCUGCUGGUGCUCUGUCUCGGAGUUCUGCAGAUUAUUGGAGGGGUACUGAUCACUGCAUUUACUUGUGGAAUAUUAGUUCAAGUUGGUUUUGGUCUGAUCACUGAAGGGAUAUCAGACUGCAUCACCGGCAUCGAGUCCAUGGUGACAGGAAAUUUCAGUUGGAAAUCAUGGGCUAUAGAUAAAGCCAUUUCUAUUGGCUUAUCUCUCAUUGGGUUUGGAGUUGGAAAGGUGAUUGCAAAAGGCUUCAAAGCCUCUAAGGUGUUGAUUAAUGCAUUUGGCAAACAACUGAAGUUGAUGCCAAAGGUUCUCUCCACACAGGCUAAAAAUGGCAUCAGUGUUGUUGCAAAAACAAAUAUGAAGAAUGCAGUGAAACACAGUGCAAAACAAAUGGCAGAAGAACUCAUUACCUAUGGAUUGGGGAAGGCAGAAAAUGCAUUACUGAAUGAAAUACUAAAUGGCAUAAAGAAUGAAGUGAGAAAGAGAAUUGUAGAUGAUGUGAAAUCCAACAUGGAAAAAGAGCCCUUGGCUGCAGUAGUAGACUCUGUUAUUCUCUCACACCUUGAGGAUAAACAACAGUUCUCCGAUCUCCUGCUGGACAAGGAGAGAAAGAGCAAACUUCUGGCCGUUUUCAGUAAAUUAAGCAACACUGCAUUGCAGCCGUUCUAUGCUGACCUCAGCUGGCAGAAACAGCUUAACUCAUCCAUCAGCACAGUGCUUGACAGCGCUAAAUCAGACACCUCUGGCAAAACAAGUAGAAUACUGACAGCCAUCCAAGCCGUUCACAUGGGGGCGCUGGCAGCAGAUGCCAUCAGUACAGUGCUCAGCCUCUUAAACAAGUUUCUCUCAAACCUUCAUGAAGAGCUGAAUAAAUUUAAAAAGGACGUACAUUUCUCAGAGAAAGUGAAGCGGAAUAAACUGUCUGCUUCAGAAACUGAGACACUGAAGGAAUUCAAGGGGGAUUUAGCUGACACCAUCAGUGCUUCAUUAGCUGAUGCUUUGGUAGUAGUGUUCCAUCAAAAGCUCUCCAGUCACUUUGUUUCUUAUGCCCAAGACCGAGUAAAUGGCGUCAUAGGCAGUUAUGUAAGAACUGGCUUAAAGAGUGACAAAACAGAGGAAGAACUCCUAGCUGGACAAAACAGCAGAUACACUCCACACAUGUCAGGAGACAAAAAUACACUUGCAGCGGAGUCAGUCAAACACUCACUGUCACAAGCUGAAAAGAUCAGGAACCCCAUGACAUCAGGUACCAUUCUGGAUAUCAGAGUGCUGUCAGAAACCACUGGCACUAAGGUUGUCAUUCUAACAGAGGACAGCCAUGGCAAGCUUACCAAAAUGCAGGAGCUGAACCCAGGCACUAAACCUGCCAGUCAAAAUGUGACACUGGUCUACAGACCAAAGAGUUCCCAAUACCCAGAGGGCUAUUACAAUGUGCGCAUCAAUAAUCAGACAGUGAUUGUAAUCAACGAAGGCAAGAGCUGCCUGUUUCACGCUUUAGCCCGAGGCAUGAACCCAGAGGCCAGUGAAAAAGAGAUCACCUUGGAAGCAGGUCGUCUCCGAACUGUGGAGGCUGAUGCUCUCCUGAGAUGCCCGGACCAAUGGGAACACUUCGUCAAGAUCCAAGAGUGGAUGGACGCAAUCAUAGGAAAGGACUGGUUCAUGGUAGAGGGAGCUAUACCAAAAAAAAUUGUACAAGAACGCAAAGAGGUGCUCAAGAAAGAGGUUAGAAAAGAAAAAUAUUACACAAAUUGGAGAAAACACAGCCAAAACAAGCCUGACAUUGGACAAUUCAUCAAUGCGCAUCACCAACCACCAGUGAGUAGUAUAUUGGACGCUAGAAAAUUCAACAAGAGCAGCAAAUUAGCUGAAGCCAUGCAUGAAGUGGCAAUAGACUCACGUCUUCUGGAUACCCAACUGAUGUAUAAUGUGAAAUCACAUCAUGGCCCUGGACUUCUAACUGAAAGUUUUCAGUUUCAGUUUUCCAGUACAAAAAAACAAAACUUCCAGGACUUACUGGCUGCCACAAUAAGCCAGGACAAUGCUGUGGGCACCUUCAAACUGACCAUUGUAGGUGCAAUGCCCAGAUUCAGAUUAAAUAGUUCCAAAUACAUACAAGUGAGUAAAACCAGGCUCAACAUUUUUGAACAAAAUUAUCAGAAUCAUUCUAAAGCUUUGGUCCAGGAAUGGUUUGACCAGCUCCAAGGCAAGGGUGUCAUGACAAAUGCUGAUCUCAGCACCCUUAAUGCAUGGAUCGACAACCAGGGCUACAAGAAUAAAAGCGAUCCGCACAGGAACCAAGUCUCCAAUCUCCUGUAAUGCAAAGUGGGAUAUUGACACCUGACAAUGUGGUUGGCGAAGACCUACAAGGAAAACUGAGAU